AUAAAUUCCACAAGCAUGGCAAUUGGCAGCACUCAAAUCCCACACUCCUAAUGUUGAUCCCUCCUGUUGCCGUCUCAUAGAGAAACAUCAACCUGGUCUAGGCUCCAUUUCUGAAUUCUCUGAGUGCUUAGACUCGAAACGGGCAAAAAUGUCGCAGUUCACAAUGGAUGGUCGUUACAUAAGAUGCAGCCAGUGCCAAAACCUGAUGAGGCCAAUAUGGACUUCAAAGGCAGUGCACUGCCCUUGUUGUCAUAAUCUCAUCAAACUCACGAGGUACGACGUCAGGCCACCAACACGCAUGGAUACCAAAUGUAUAUUGAAGGAGAAGCUACAAAGUAAGUUCAAAAGCAAGAAGUCAAACAGCUCCAACUCCAGUGGUACUUCCUCGAUACAGUACUCAGUUCCCAGAAGUGGUAUGACAUCAGCGACUAAACUGCAUCCAGGAAAGCGUGCCGUUCUCUGUGGGGUGAGCUACAAGAAGAGGAAGUAUGAGCUCAAGGGAACUGUUAAUGAUGUAAAGCACAUGAAGGAACUGUUGAUUCAUACCUUUGGAUUUCUGGAGGAGAACAUUCGAGUCCUUACAGAAGAGGAGAAGAAUGAGCAUCAAAGACCAACAAGAAAGAACAUUAUGGAUGCGUUUCAAUGGCUUAUCAGGGACUGCAGGUCAGAGGAUUCGGUGGUUUUCUUCUUCUCAGGGCACGGUUUACGGCAUCCUGAGAGUGAUGGCGAUGAAUUGGAUGGAUUUAACGAAAGCAUCUGUCCAGUUGAUUUUACCACAGAAGGCGUCAUCCUCGAUAAUGAAAUAAAUUCCACAAUUGUUCGUCCGCUGCCGAAAGGGGUAACCCUCCAUGCGCUAGUUGAUUCUUGUCAUAGUGGGACUGUUCUAGAUCUGUCAUAUGUAUACAACAUUACAACAGGUCAGUGGGUGGAUAAUGGACCUCCUUCGGGUGCAUAUAAGGGAACAAGUGGUGGACUUGCCAUUUGUCUAAGUGCUUGUGCGGAUGAGGACCUGGCUGCUGAUACUUCUGCUCUCUACGGGAAGAUGAUGUCUGGUGCCAUGACCUCAAGCUUCAUCCAAGCUAUCCGCAAAAACCCAAGAUUACAUAUAAAGAACUACUGGCAGCGAUGCAAAAUGUCAUCGAUGAAGCUAACGAAUCUAAUUGCUUAAAUACUCCUAUCCUUUCAAGGUUGUUUCGUGCCAAAAUGUUACAGGAACCUGUGCUAUCAUGUUCUGACAUGGUAGGUAUUGAAAAUAGGACGGUCGAGCUAUAAAGAGGGAAAUGUCUCCAGUACAGCAUACUCCACGUCUAACAAAGCUGGGGAUGGAUGGUGGGAUAUUUAUCAGGAUCAAAAACAAGCUUUUGUGGAGAUUUUGUGAUGGAAGGAAGUAACAAUGUGAACAUCUGUCACAUUUGGUAGAUGAUGAGGCGUGAAAGGAAUAGGAUGAGCAUCAGAUCCCUUACAUUCUGCAACUGGUUUCUUCUUU